CAUCUGUGAACAGGACAGAAAUCUGCCUUCCUCCGUCCACAGGAGUCCUGCCUGAGCAUCACUGCCAGAUCUGUAGUUCCCCAGUCAGAUCCAGGUUGCCAGCUGAGGGCAUCAGGUGCCCGGUGGUUUCUGGAGCAAGUGUGGGACUAUCUGGAGCUACAUGGGAAUGUUAGACUGUGACCCAGAAGAGGAAAAACAUGCCCCUGGCCAGAAACACCUCCAUACUCCCUUCUCCAUCGCAGACAUACUGAACCAUGCAAAGAUGCAGAAAGUCGAGGAAGGAAUCAAGGAGCCUGAUAUCAAUGAUGAAGGACAGACAGGCAUGACAAAUGUUAGAACUCGCAUGACAUCUGAAAGUAUGGUGUCUGAGAUAGAAAAUGGAGCAGGAACCUCUCCAGGCCUACAAGCAAAUGAACCAGAGGAGCUGCCAGAGAAAGAGGAGAACCAACAACCCCAAAACCUCCCGUGUGCCACCAAUUGCAAGCCCCGCCGAGCCCGUACUGCCUUCACUUACGAGCAGCUUGUGGCCCUUGAGAGCCGUUUCCGAAGCAGCCGAUACCUGUCGGUGUGUGAGCGGCUGAGCCUAGCGUUAACCCUUCACCUUACAGAGACACAAGUGAAGAUCUGGUUCCAGAACCGCAGAACCAAAUGGAAAAAGCAGCAGCCUACAGGAAGCUGGGAAGGGAGAGGAUGCAGCAUACAAAACUGUCCCACCAUCCCUGGUCCCCGGAUUAACCCACCCCUCCCAAACUACCCCUGUACUACACACAUCUCCCAUAUUGGUGCUGGGACAAACCAUCUCUCUCCUUUCCCAGGUAUCUUUUUCUCUCCCCCUUCCACAUCCUUUGGACUAAGCCCUACAGGUGCCACCUAUCCCCAGUUUAUAGGUUCAUCCAGCUUCACAUCCUAUUACAGUCCUCCCCUCUGACUCCAGGUGGGUCCUACCACUUGAUUUCUCUCAAUGACAUCAUGAUAUCAUGGAACUGUACUGGAUGAUGCGACUGUGAAUUCAUAGUUAUCAUGCUGGGAACCCAAUAUAAGCAGUAAAGUACCCGCGGGUACCCGAACGCUGCAGGACUCUAUUGUAAAUUGUAUUUUUAUUGUAAAUGACAUUUAAAAAAAACAUGACUAUUGUACGAAUUA